CAGCGGUACAAACUCACUUUUUGCUGGAUUGCAGUUUGAUUUUUCUUUUAAUUAAUCAUUCAGGAACGGAUGUGGGAGGAGCAGACACAACUCGGGACAUCCGUGGCUUCGCAGUCAAGUUCUACACUGAAGAAGGGAACUGGGACAUCAUUGGACUUCAUGUUCCAGUAUUCCCUAUUCGAGAUCCUAUUCUGUUCCCGAGUUUCGUUCACACGCAGAAACGGAAUCCGGUAACCAAUCUAAGGGACCUGAAUAUGUUUUGGGACUUCUUCUCCUUGAGGCCUGAAAGCAUUCAUCUACUACUAUACCUAUUUUCUGAUCAAGGUAUCCCUGAAAGUUAUAGAAACAUAGACGGAUUCAGCAUCAAUACAUACAAGCUCGUGAAUGAAUCCAAAGAAAUUUUUUACUGCAGAUUUGCAUUUAUGACGGAUCAAGGGAACAAGUAUUUUUCCGCUGAAAGGGCUUCCCAACUGGCUUCAUCAGAUCCAGAUGUUUAUGGAAGAGAUCUAUACAACGCUGUUGAAAAUGGGAAUUAUCCGUCUUGGACCUUUUGCAUUCAAGUGAUGACUUCCGAAGAAGCUAAAAGCUGCAGUUUUAAUCCGUUUGAUGUUACAAAGGUAUGGCCUGAAAAGGAGUUUCCAUAUAUAAAAGUAGGCAAAAUGGUCCUCAAUAAGAAUCCUACUAAUUAUUUUGCCGAAGUUGAACAAAUCUCUUUCUGCCCUGCAAACUUAGUUCCUGGAGUUGAGCCAAGCCCAGAUAAAGUACUUCAGGGUCGCAUAUUUUCUUAUUUGGAUGCUGCAAGGUACAGACUUGGAACCAACUUCUACCAAAUUCCUGUCAAUUGUCCUUUCCGUUCCCGCCCAAGGAAUUACGAGCGAGACGGAACUGCUACGGUCACCGACAAUCAAGAUGGAGCACCUAACUAUUAUCCGAAUAGCUUUGGGGGACCCGUGGAAGAUCCAAAAGCAAGAGAGAGCACUUUCCCCGUCCAUGGCGAAGCAGCCCGAUACGACACUUCUGAUGAUGACAACUUCACUCAGCCAGGAAUCUUUUACAGAAAAGUUCUCAAUGAAGGAGAAAGAUCUCGCUUGGUGAACAAUAUUGUGAGCAGUCUAUCGAAUGCUGAAGAGUUCAUCCAAGAACGACAGGUUGAAAACUUCAGUCGAGUUGAUCCAGAUCUUGGAGGAAGAAUCAGAAUUGGCCUUCAGCAACAGAAAGAAUUAUAAAAUAUUGGAAUGAUAUGAAUAAAGGUGGAAAAAGUUGAUGACAAUUUGCGACCAGAGAUCUCUAUUUGCAGGUAGAAUCGAAUUUAACUCGAAGCGAAGUGACCUGAAAUGAAAUCAGAUCUUCCCCUUUAAAAGAAGAAGCAAAUCUACCUUGACCUUGUAAACUCAACUGAAGAUUCUGAAAGAGCAUUCUCAAAAUUUAACAUCAAGCACAACCAGAAAGUUGACCUUAUGUUUUAUAUUACUCAUUUUUAUAUCUAUUUAUUAUGAUCAGUUGGCAGUUUCGAGUAGGUUAUUAAAUGGUACUUUUAAAAAAUAAUUUUACUUCUAAUUAAAUGGACAGACAUAAAUAUUGUAUAAUAAAAAUAAAAUUUCUACCGUACAGAUAUAAUGAGUACAUAUCAAUAAAACUGCGAUCUGAUUUAAAAAAAAAAAA